AUGCAUAUUUAUAAGAGAAGAAGUUUAGAAAGUGUGUAUUCCUGGGAGCUCUGCUUGCAGACCGUGUGUUGUCGCCGACCUUUCCAUGGGCGCCCCCACGGUUGCCGUGUGAAGCCCCCACAUGACACCCCAGGAAGAGCUGCCCCCUCUGGCCCCGGCGAAGCCAGCACGCCCUGUUGGGGUGGGUACUCUCCCUUUUCUCGCCCCUGCGAGCGGAUGCCUGGCACCACCACCCCCUCCCCACCCCUCACGGGUCGUGUCCAGGGUCGUGUGUGUGCUGACGUGCAGGGGACCCCAGGCCGGGCGCAGCGUGGGGCGGGGUCUGGGCGCCAUCCCUGUGAAGGCCGCCCGUCCCGAGACUGUUCCAGGGGCCAGUCUCUGGUCCCACCUGCUGCGGUGAUGCCCCCUUGA